AUGGCGGAGUUUGCGGGACUGGAUGGGGACGGUGCUGCAGGAGCGGAGGCGGCCGGCGAGUCCACGACCGUGGAGUCGGGAGGGGUGGAGGAGCGGGGAGAGGCCGAAACCCGGGUGGUGGCUGCGGAAAGCGAACCGGAGGACGAGGAGGACGUGUUCGAGGUGGAGAGCAUCCUGGACUCCAAGAUAGAAGGGGGAAAGGUGUUUUACCGAGUUCGCUGGAAGGGAUAUGAUUCAAGUGGUGACACCUGGGAGCCAGAGGCCCAUCUUGAUGACUGCAAAGAGGUUCUUCUUGAAUUCAGGAAGAAACAAGCAGAAAGUAAACUGAAAGCUGCUAAGAAGGAAUCCUCGCCCAAAUUGUCUCUUGGGGAUCUUUUCGAGGCAGAGUCUGACAGUGACUCAAAAGAGGAGACACCACAGAAAAAGAAGAAGAAAUCUAAUCAGGAGGAGGAUGACAAGCUGCAGGAAGAGCUGAAAAAGAAAAAAUCGAAAUCUGGAAAAUUGAAGGAAAAGUCCAAGCCUGAGGGGGAACCAGAGAGCCAGUCUACGGAAUCCAAACCAAAGAAAAGACUGUCAGAAAGCAAAGAGGAUCUGGGCAGUAAGAAACCUAAGAAGGAUGACACCAAGGACUCUAAAAAGUCCAAGAAGGAAGAAGCCAAGGACACUAAAUUCAGAGUGAAAGAAGACUUGAAAGAAAAGAAACCCAAAAAAUCAUUGGGAUCAGAGCUGUCUAAGGAAGAAACAUCACCUGUAGGACCAGAGGCAGAGACUGUUGGUGUAAGCAGUGAUGUUCUUUCAGAAGACCGAGACAAAAUGGGUCAGGAUGAGGAGAUCAGAAAUCCAGAAACCACCCCUCCAUAUGAAGCAGAGGAUCUCUCAUUUGGGGGUCCUUUUGAAGAGGAAAUGGAUGAUGUGAAACUGAAAAAAAAGAAAAAGAAACACAAAAAGAAAAAUGACGACUCCAAGCCCAUGUCGGUGGAUGUGAGCCAUACGGACAAGAAAAGCCUGGUGAAAAAGCAAAAAUCUGUUGAAAAGUUGAAAGAAGCUCUGGCUGCAGAAAAACUGCCAGCUCCAGUGUCGAAGAGGCCUAGUACUGAUGACAAAGUUAAGAAAUCUGUGGAAUCCUUGGCAGAAAAUAAGGAAACAAAGAAAGCUGAAUUGGUCAAGGAAAAGCCCAAGAAAAAGCAUGAGUUUGAGAAAGAAGUAAAGAAGGAACAAAAAGUGGUAAAAACUCCCAAAGAACAGAAACAUGUGUAUGAUGCCUUCACCAUUUCUCCUGAAGAUCGAGCAGAAUGCAUGGACACCAUAAGAAAGAACAAGAGACUUCUGACGUUCGAUCCUCAGAAGAUUACAAACCUAAAGAAGUAAAGUCAGCAUAUAAAGAGAGGAGAUCUACGCAAGAAGAGACCGACUCAUGGACAUAUGGAGCUUCUGAAGGAGAUCAAGAGGUUAUGGACACAGUGUAUCGCUUGCAGGAAAACUCUGAGGGCAAGGCCCAAGUAGCUGGGAUGGCAGUAGAUUUACAGUUGGAGUGGAUGACUUUGGAGGACUUUCAGAGGCAUCUUGAUGGAGCUGAUGAAAUCAUCCCUAAGGAUCCUAUCCCUAACAGUGCAUUGAAAGAGGCUGUCAAAAAUGGUGACUACUUAACUGUAAAAUAUGCACUUAAUUCCAAAGAAGAGUACAACUUGGAUCAAGAGGACUCCAGUGGGAUGACUCUGGUGAUGAUGGCUGCAGCUGCUGGACAGGAUGACAUUCUCCGUCUUCUGAUUAGGAAAGGAGCCAAGAUCAAUGCCAGGCAAAAAAAUGGGACCACAGCACUGAUACAUGCUGCUGAAAAGAACUAUCUGACAACUGUCUCCAUCCUUCUGGAAGCUGGUGCUUUUGUGAAUUUACAGCAAGCGACUGGGGAAACAGCCCUGAUGAAGGCAUGUAAGAGAGGGAAUUAUGAUAUCGUGCGACUCUUGAUAGAACAAGGUGCCGACUGUAAUGUGCUGUCAAAGCACCAGGGCAAUGCUUUACAGUUUGCUAAACAGAGCAAUAAUGUGCUGCUAUUUGAAUUAAUUAAUGGACAUUUGGAAAAACUUUCCAGAGUGGUGGAAGACGCAAUAAAGGAUUAUUUUGAGACACGCCUUGCUUUGCUUGAACCCAUCUUCCCCACCGCGUGCCACAGGCUCUGCGAGGGACCAGACUUUUCUCUGGACUUCAGCUACAAACCUCCAUAUAAUAUUCCUGAAGAAUCUGGAAUACUCCUGUUUGUUUUUCACGCGAACUUCUUUGGUAAAGAAGUGGUGGUUCGAUUAUCUGGACCAUGUAGCGUCCAGGCUGUGGUAUUAAAUGACAAGUUCCAGCUUCCUGUAUUUUUGGAUGCUCACUUUAUUUACUCCUUUAGUCCCAUUGCUGGUCCUAACAAACUGUUUAUUAGACUCUCUGAGGUACCAACUGCAAAGGUCAAGCUGCUGAUUACUGCAUACAGGGUACAACUCCAUUAG